AUGAAUCAACUCGUACCAAGCUUUUUCCGCAACCGCAACCAACUCAGUGUCUCCCGCUUGGGGUUCUCUCGUCCUCGUCACAAUCACAACGCUCUCGCUCACAGGAACGCCUACAACUAUCCUACCUACGAAGACUACUGUGACUGUGAUAUCGUCAGCGGUCAUCACGUUUGCAACUCCUGUGCACUAAGGCUCUACCAACCAGACUACCAUGCCUGCGCCUGUGCCUGUCCUGGCUGCGAUUACUCUGACGAAGACGACUACUCUGCUUAUGGGUAUCAGGGAGGAUAUGUUUAUGACCCACGAUCUGAUCCGAGAAUGAUGCUCGGCUACCCCAAUCGACGGAGCAGAAGCUUGACAGGCGGUCUGAACCAAUUUGGUCUCGGUGGUCUGGGCCGCCUAAGAAAUAGUUUCGGAAGCUUUCCGAACUUUGGUAGCUUCGGCUUUCCUGGUCGAGGAGGUACAUACCGUGGACGAGGCGAUCGUCCUUAUGUUUAA